AGAUUUCCCGCCGCCCGCGUUGGGGGGAGGUACCUAUUGAAAUACUAUGUACCACAGUAGGGGAACAUGCGAGGCUGCUGCCAGUUGCCUUCGUCCAUUCAUUCAUUCGCCCCAUUCACUUCACUGAUUGUCUUGUUUGAACAGGCCAGCGACGGGACACCUUCCUGUUCUGUCAGAAGCUGCGCCCAUUUUCCCAUUUGCCAGUUCCCAAGCUCUCCAAUUCUCAAAGUUCUCUUCCUGGUACCUACAUACCUACCUUAGGUACCGUGCCGUACCGUACCUAGUAAUAAUUUACGCAUAACAAACACAUAUGCCCUUCUUGUCGACGCAUCUUCUCAUUCGACCUUUUUACAUACUCCGCGCAACAAUCUUUUUCGUCAUCUGUCCGUCAUCUGUCUUCUCGACCACCCCUACCUCCGCGGACCUCUCUGCCCUCGACGCUCGACAUCAUCGGAGCUCCUGAUUGGGCCCGAUUCUCAACCUCAAUAUGGACCGCGAUGGAGUCCUCACGGCGAGGUCAGUCGAAGGCAUGAUCGCCAACGGCCAGACCAUUGUCAUCUUCGAGGACGUCGUCCUGCGGCUCGACUCGUGGCUCGAGAAGCAUCCUGGAGGCCGCCUGGCAAUUCUCCACAUGGUAGGAAAGGACGCGACCGACGAGAUGAAGGCGUACCACUCGGCCCCCACUCUCAAAACCAUGAAGGCCUACCGGAUAGGCAAGAAGCCGACGGGUCCUUGGAUCAACAGAACACCACCCAUCAGGGGCGGCAUCUAUCGAGAAUGCCGGGAAACAGCACCUGCGAGUACGGCCGACGAUGACUCGGACACGGAUACGGAGGAGGAUACCGCCGAUGACAGCCUCAGCUGUGUUUCCGACCACAGCUCGCCGACUUCCUUGACCACCGACUGCAGCAGCGAGGAUGGCAUCGAGGAGGACACCAAACCCGAUCUGCAGGCCGGCAUUCGAAGGCGAAUCCCCUCUCUCAGGAAGGAGGCCGUUCGGGGUUCCCUGACAACAGAAGAGCUCGUGGCUGAUGUAUGUGCCUCGAAGAAGGCCACUCUGCCUCUAAUGUCGCCAGCUACAUACACGGAAUGGGCUGUACUUCAGGAGAUCGACCAGGACACUCAAGAGUACCCAUCUGUGGACCCCGCCGUGCAGCAGGACAUCAUUCGCAGGUACCGGGCCAUGCAUCAAAGGGUACACGACGAGGGAUUCUACGAAUGCCGAUAUAUCGAGUAUGGAAAGGACCUCGUCCGUUUUGCCGCCCUCUUCAUGGUGUUCCUAGUGGCGCUUCAUUACAAGUGGUACAUGACGUCAGCAGCCUUCUUGGGCAUAUUCUGGCAUCAGAUUAUGUUCACUGCGCACGAUGCUGGACAUCUUGCCAUCACCCACAAUUUCGUCGUGGACACACUCCUUGGCAUGUUCGUCGCCGACUUCUGUUGCGGGCUGUCCAUCGGCUGGUGGAAGAGCAGUCACAAUGUCCAUCACCUGAUCACCAAUCAACCAGAACAUGACCCAGACAUCCAGAACGUUCCCCUUUUCGCCACGUCUCCUGCUUUCUUUAAGUCGAUUCGUUCCACCUACUACGACUUCACAUUCGUUUGGGAUAAGGUGGCGGAAAUCAUGGUUCCUUACCAGCGCUAUACCUACUACCCGAUCAUGGGUAUCGCCCGAUUCAACCUCUACCUCCUGUCCUGGCUCCACGUCAUGUCCAAGAAAUCAUCCUCGCUCGGUGGCAGCAAAGCGUGGUGGAUUCGACCCACCGAGAUCGCCUUCAUGAGCUGCUACUGGUUCAUCUUCGGAUACUGCCUGCUCUGGCGCACGCUGCCGACCUGGACGAUUCGCGUGCUCUUCGUGCUGCUGUCGCACAUCAUCACCAUGCCGCUCCACGUCCAGAUCACCCUGUCUCACUGGGGCAUGUCCACGUCGGAGCUCGGCGAAUCCGAAUCCUUCCCCCAGCGCCAGCUGCGCACCACCAUGGACGUCGACUGCCCGGAGUGGCUCGACUUCAUCCAUGGCGGUCUGCAGUUCCAGGCCGUCCACCAUCUCUUCCCGCGGGUGCCGCGCCACAACCUCCGGAGACUUCAAGUGCUGGUCAAGGAGUUUUGCCAGGACACGGGGAUCCCGUACUCGAUUCUUUCGUUCGCCGACGGAAAUCUUAAGGUCCUGGGUCGGCUGGAAGAAGUGGGCGAUCAGGUCAAGAUCCUGGUCAGUUGCCAGAAGUACAUGGCCGAGACGGGAGAGAGCGGGUUGCAUUGAGACUGUUUUCGCAUUUUCUUAUUUUUUUUUUGCAUUUUUUUUUUUUGUCUAGCACGCGCAUGGUCAUUGGUUGGGCGUUACGCCGGGUAAAGCCUAGAUAACCUCUUUCCGUCUGUUUAGCUUUAUUUAAUAAACGUGACGCUAUUUUCGCCCCGGUACAAGAUCCCCAUCA